UGCAACUCCUUUCCGGUGAUCAUUGCGUUUUUUUCGAUUCUUCGCUUCAUUUUUCUUAAAGAUCUAGGGGAAAUCUUGCGUGGUGCACCGGAUCUUAUCCUGUUUUCUAUAGUUCCUGAUUUUUUAUAUCUUUGAAUAAAUGAAGAUAUGGUAGAAAAUGGAAUACAAAGGGUCUCUGAUAUUUUCCUGUAACUUUUACCUGCUAUUCACUGUUCAAUAAUUAAGUUUUUCACUGAAUUUGGCAUUGAAAAGCGGUGGGCCUUUGAACCCUAGACUAUUGCAAUACCUGGUCCUGAAUUUAGAUGGAGUGGAUGGUACCUUCUAGGAUUUUCCUUUGAAAAAUGGUCAGACGAGCAACGAUCUUUUAUGCUUUUAUCAAUGGUGAAAGGAUGCAGCCCCAAGCGACUUCAGUUUGUUAAACAGUGUAUCGAUGAACAUCUACCUGUUUGUCAAGAGGACUUUACUCGUGUUUUACCUCGUGUCCUUAGUCUCUUCAUCUUCUCCUAUCUUGACCCACGAAGCCUCUGUAGAUGUUCUCAAGUUUGCUGGUUUUGGAAUCAACUAUGUGAGAUGGACCAGUUAUGGCUGCCUAAGUGUGUACGCUUUGGGUGGUAUUUACCUCAGUUACCAAGUCCAUUUGAAUGUUCUUCAUGGAAAAGACUUUAUGUUGAUAAAAUCCAGAGUCUAAGAUUAUUCCAUACAAAAGAACUUGUAACUCUUGACCAAGAAUUAGAAAAAUUUAACUUGGAGAAAAAACAAAAAGAAUUACUCAAAACAAAAAAGUCACUUGCCAAAAAUGGGCAAAAGCCAUGGAAAAGAGCAGAUCUACAUCCCAAGGAUCUGAUUCGUUAUAACUACUUGGAAAAUAAUGAAUUUUAUACUGAAGGAUGCACAGAAGAUUUUUACAAAAAGAUCUCAAGACCUAAUAAAUCUGCCAGCAGUAAACAGUUGGUUAAUUCAGCCUACACUAUCAGAUACAACUUAAACAAAAAACCUAUUUCGAAGUUGAAACAAACUGAUGAGUUAAUGCUGAACCUCAACACAGAUUAUAACACCAGCAGAUUACAAACAACACCAGCUUUUCAAAACUAUAUUGAUACAUUACAAAUAUCAGAAGAACCAAUCACAACUACUAUAACUCUCAGUCACUCAAAAUGUGUGAGACCUGUACAAAAAAACCAAGGCACAUUAUCCAAUUCUCUAUUUCCAUCACAACCAUGGAAACUAGCCACUGACCAAACAGAUUCGGAUUCUUAAAAACAAAGCACAGUACAUUGGAUUCUUCCACAGAGUUCAAAUAAUAAUAAAAGUUUUGGAAAAUAGAUUAUAUGUGAUUAUAUGUUUAUAUUUUUGUAUGUAAUUAUCAAUGGUGAGAUUUUCAAUCUAUGUUAUGUUUAAAUAGAAAUUGCUUUCUUAUCAUAUUGAAUUAUUCUCCAUCUACUCAUACACAUAUCUCUUUCCUUUAUGUGUUAGUCAGAAAGGGCUAGCAGUAACCACAAUAUUUGUUGGCACCUACAGACUGAUGAGAUUGAUGUAGUCAGUGUCCAACCUGAUCGUCUGUAAGUCAGUGUUUGCUGGAAAAUAAUUGGGUGUGAAGGGAACCCAGAAAAUAGUCCUCUAAACACUUACAUGAGAGUGAUAACAAAAGACAGAUGGUAACAUUUAAAUUGGUAAGUUUACUUUGGUUGAGCUUGAUGAUAUAGAAAAAUUAUAUCACAAUAACAAUAUUUAUACUUAUCUUCUUAUAGUAUCUACUUUUCUAUACAGCAAAACAUAGCAGUUCAGAAAACGAGUGUUAAAGGGGUGGUAUGAUAAAGGCAAGAAGUGAAUAUGUUUGGUCAGAAUGUUAUGAUUUAUGGUAAUAAAACUGAUUUGUAAUAAUGAUGACAACAUAAGGUAAUUAUGUCAGUGAAUCAAUCAAAGAAAGGUCUUCAUUCUCAAACAAUAUACUGAGGGACACACAGCAGUUUAAAUUACAGGUAAUUGGCUUCCCAUGUUUGGUAUUCCAUUAUUAAUUGUGAAUCUGGCAAUUUUGUAAAGAAUAGGCGCAGGAGUGGCUGUGUGGUAAGUAGCUUGCUUACCAACCACAUGGUUCUGGGUUCAUUCCCACUGUGUGGCACCUUGGGCAAGUGUCUUCUACUAUAGCCUCAAGCUGACCAAAGCCUUGUGAGUGGAUUUGGUAGACGGAAACUGAAAGAAGCCUGUCAUAUAUAUGUACAUAUAUAUAUAUGUAUGUGUAUGUAUAUGUUUGUGUGUCUGUGUUUGUCUCCCCAACAUCGCUUGACAACUGAUGCUGGUGUGUUUACGUCCCCGUAACUUAGCGGUUCGGCAAAAGAGACUGAUAGAAUAAGUACUAGGCUUCCAAAGAAUAAGUCCUGGGGUCGAUUUGCUUGACUAAAGGCAGUGCUCCAGCAUGGCUGCAGUCAAAUAACUGAAACAAUUAAAAGAGUAAAAGAGAAUACUAAAAUAGUACUAAAAUAGCCAACUUUAUAAGCAUCACUCUCGACUUAAACUUUACUACCUUCACCAAAAAGGUAAUUAAGCCAUGCAAUAUAUUGAUUUCAAAUUUUGGCACAAGGCAAUUUUGGGGUGGGAGGAUUUUGAUAGCAUCAACCCCAGUGCUCAACUGGUGCUUAUUUUAUCAACCUCAAAAGGAUGAAAGGCAAAGUUGACCUAAUAUCACUUAUAACAGUAACAACAACCCCAGUAGCAAUAGUGUAGGAAAUAUAGACCAGUACAAUUUUUACAAGCAAUACAACCCUAAUAGAGCCAAAAAUGGAAGUAGGGAUAUAAUGAAAAACAAAGUAUACUUUCAGACCUUGUGCCUAUAGUAGAAAACAUUAUUACUUGGUAGUAUUACCUAUUAAUAUUAAAUAUUAAAAGUAUACUUUAUUAAUAGGUAAUACUACCAAGUAAUAAUGUUUUCUACUAUAGGCACAAGGUCUGAAAUUUGUGAGGAGGAGACUUGUCGAUUAUAUCAACCCUAGUUUUUGAUUGGUACUUAAUUUAUCAAUCCAAAAAGGACGAAAGUUAAAGUCAACCUCAGCAGAAUUUGAACUAAGAAUGUCAAGGUGAAUGAAAUUCCGCAAAGCAUUUUGCCCUGUGUGCUAACAAUUCUACCAGUUCACUGCCUUACAAAUACAAGUAAUAAUAACAGUAAUUAUAAUAAUAAUUUGUUCUACUUUAGGCACAAGGCCUGAAAUUUGGGGGUAGGGCUAGUUGAUUACAUUGAACCCAGUGCUCAACUGGUAUUUAUUUUAUCAACCCCAAAAGGAUGAAAGGCAAAGCCAACUCUAGCAAUUAUUUGAACUUAGAAUAUAAAACUGAAAGAAAUACUGUGAAGCAUUUUGUUUAGUGUAAUAACAAUUCUACCUGCUCACUACUUUAAUAAUUAUAAUAAUAUGAAUAAUCCUAAUUAUGCCCAAAACUUGAAUGCUAAUAAUGAUGAUGAAUAUUAAUUCAUAGUAUUAAUGAUAGGACUAACAGUAGUACUGACUAUAUCAAUCUUGAAAAAGCUGAUAGGGCACUACAUGUAACCUGCAAUAGAAGACUUACAACUUCAGAAUACCAAUCCAUUGUUCAUUGAGGGUCGAUUGCCUACAGUAUAACAUUGUCUAUAAAUGUAUAGUUACCACAACACAUACCCACUCCUGCAGAAUUUAAAUUGGGUUAAUGAUUAAUUUUAAGUGUUGAUUUGUUACAGAUGGUAGCUCCUUUAUGAACAUUAAUAGGAAAUUAUCUACCUUCCUUGCCACCUACAUUUACCACCUCAAAGCCGAGGGUAUUCCUUAUAUUUCUUGUUAGCAUCUUUUUUAGAAUUAUUUUAUUUUCUUUUAUAUCCUCUUCAUACCUAUCCUUGGUCUGUUAUGAUUUAUGGGUCUCUCUGGAAUUAGCUGGCCAAAGCCCAUAUCUUCUCACUCUAUUUUUAUAGGCUUCCUUUGGUCUUGCUUUUCUAAUGACAUAUAUUUAUAAACAAUGUUCUCUGCUAAGUUAUUUGCCAAUAUACUCUGAUAAGAAUAUUAUGGGUCUUUCAAAAUCUGUACCUGUUCAUACAUCUGCAAUAUUAGUGAACUUCAUUACAAAAUAUGCAUGAUAUAAGCAUUAAUCAUUGAUUAUCCAAAACAGAUGUAAAGGUAAGACUUGAUUACAUCAACUUUCCAUUUGAAUACAUUCCUUAUGCCUGCUAUUGUCUGAAUCUUUUGUGCUUUUAUAUGCUAUAUAUAUACUUCUAUAUGCUAUGUAUAUUUAGGAAUAUUUAGGAUCUGAAUCUAGCCCAUCUUACUUCAAUCAGCUUUUAUACUUUGCCUGUGAGUUUGAUGUAUACAUUUUUUUCUAUACACAUUUUUUUAAUAACCAUGUUAUUUAGAAAUUGAAUUUAGUCAGCAUUUUUAAUCGUUUUUAAUUGUUUGUGUUUUUAGGCUUCAUUCUUCCUAAUUGAUUUCCCUAUCUCUUGCAUGCUUUCUAAUUGCUACCACCCCUCUCCUUUAAUUAAAGAUAUAAGCAUUGGAUACAGGAUAUAUUACAUAUAUAUAUCUCUUAGUUUCAAUUUUUUCUUUCUUCCUUUAUUUCCCUUUUUUCUUCUAUUUAUUUCUCUUCUAUUUUUUACCAUGACUGCAAAUUCACUCCCCCUUUUAAUAAGUGUAUUUUUCAUUCAUAUUAAUUUUUGUACCAGUUUUUGUGAUACUCAUUUGCCCUUGUAUAAAUUUCUAAUUUUCAAUUUUGACUUCCAUUUUAAUUUUAUUUUUUAUUAGUUGCAACAUUUUAUUUUUGAUUAGGUCUUUUUUAUUCUUUGUAAUUUUUCUAUUCUUGUUUUCAUACAAUUAAAUGUUUUAUGCUGUCCAAUUUUUAACUUUAAUUCAACUUUGACUUGCCUUUCUGCUAAGUCAAUCACUUUCAUCCAAUAGAUUCCCAUUAUACAGUUCUAUAUUUGAGAGAUGGGGAAUUAUGUACAUUAUUUGUAUUUGACAGAUAUUUGUCCUCAUCUUGUUUAUUGUUAACACAACAUUUUGGCUGGAGAGUACAUCAGCCGAAACGUUGUGUUAACAACAAACAAGAUAAGGACAAAUAUCCAUCAAAUGUAAAUAAUGUAGAUUCCCAUUAUUUUGAAAUGCAAUUUCCCUGCCCAAUCAGUUUUAAAUGUUUAUUUGAUGAGUUGACUGACAUGAAUACCAUUGCACUUUUCUAAAUACUUACAAAUGUCUGAUGAUCAGUUUAUUUAUAGAUUGUUAGAACAAAUAUUUCUGCAAUUUUACAAUCCUAAUUGAAGAUAUAAAGUCAGCAUCAAAAUAUAGGCAAAAUUGUUGAGUUGGAAGGAAGGGUCAACUAUAUUGGAAUGUAUUAGGUCAUUGGAUCAUAACCAAUGACGCCAUCUUUGCAUGCGUGUUAAGGAAAUAUGUCUCCAAGUGAUUAAAUCAGAAAUUGCAGACACACAAUUCUCACCUCCAUACUGAUUAAUAGAGCACCUGUAAUUUUCAUAUUCCUGGAGAAUAGUUUAUUUUUGAAAUAUUAAAAGAUUUGAAUCUUUACAAUAAUGAUAAUUGUAAUUUUCAUGUAUGUUAAUAUUUAAUAAACAUUUUAUGAAAUUA